UUUACUAUCUCGCUCCCUCUCGCGCCCCUCCUCGCUGGGCAUUCAAACAGCUUUCCGACAUCACCAGCCAAGGAUUUUUUCCCCCCUCUCCUUAGUCGCGGUCCGUCCAUCAGUACCUGCGGGGGGGAGGAGGAGGAGGGAGGAAAGCGGAAAGAGGAAAAAGCAUAAGCUUGAGCCUUCCGAUCCGACCACGAAUACUCCUGUAAUAAACCCACCGCCCCAACAAAUCUGCCUUAGCAGCCGCUGCUGUCGCCGGUCACUUCUCGUCUCAGCGCUUCCUUUGCUUCUUGGCUAAUCGGUUUGUUGGGCUUAGAUUUGAUAAAACAAAUCGUUGCUUUUAAGCCACUUGCAUUUGUUUGUUUGUUUGUUUGUUUCCUUAGAGGCUCUCUACGGGGGGCUUCCUCUCCCCCCCCUCCCCGCCACCUCCGUUGGAGGUUGGAUUCAGUUGGAUUUGGCGUCAGGCUCCGGGGUCCUGGAGGCUUUUUUCUCCCACGCACCCCUCUUUGAUUUCCCCCCCAUCUUUUGCUUCUCUUAAGUGUGCAUUUUAAAAAAAUAAAUCCUGAUUUUUGAAGCUGAGCCGGGGAAAAUGGGCAACGGUGAUUGGGACCGAAGGGGAGUCUCUCCGUCACUGUUGCUGGGACGCGUGCCUGUGCUGGUGUCUUAGAGCAAGAGCCUCCCUGAGCUUUCGGAGUGGAAGGCCAAAUGACAUAGGAUGAAGGCUGUUCGUAACCUGCUGAUUUAUAUAUUUUCCACCUAUCUCCUGGUUAUGUUUGGAUUUAAUGCUGCCCAAGACUUCUGGUGUUCAACUUUGGUGAAGGGAGUCAUUUAUGGAUCGUAUUCUGUAAGUGAAAUGUUUCCCAAAAACUUUACAAACUGCACUUGGACGCUGGAAAAUCCAGAUCCAACCAAAUAUAGCAUUUACCUGAAAUUUUCCAAAAAGGACCUUAGCUGCUCUAACUUUUCCCUCUUGGCUUAUCAGUUUGAUCAUUUUUCCCAUGAAAAAAUAAAGGAUCUUUUAAGAAAGAAUCAUUCUAUAAUGCAACUCUGCGAUUCCAAGAAUGCUUUCGUUUUUCUACAGUAUGAUAAAAAUUUUAUUCAAAUACGUCGGGUGUUUCCAACCGAUUUCCCAGGAUUACAGAAAAAAGGGGAAGAAGAUCAGAAAUCCUUUUUUGAGUUUUUGGUAUUGAACAAGGUGAGCCCGAGCCAGUUUGGUUGCCAUGUAUUAUGCACUUGGCUGGAGAGCUGCUUAAAAUCAGAAAAUGGGAGAACAGAAUCAUGUGGGAUUAUGUAUACAAAAUGCACCUGCCCUCAGCAUUUGGGAGAGUGGGGGAUCGACGACCAGUCGCUGGUUUUGUUAAAUAACGUGGUGUUACCCCUGAAUGAGCAGACCGAGGGCUGCCUGACCCAGGAGCUGCAAACCACCCAGGUCUGCAAUCUUACCAGGGAGGCCAAGCGACCGCCCAAAGAAGAAUUUGGAAUGAUGGGAGAUCAUACAAUUAAAAGUCAGCGACCUCGAUCUGUUCAUGAAAAAAGGGUCCCUCAGGAACAAGCUGAUGCUGCUAAAUUUAUGGCACAAACUGGUGAAUCUGGUGUGGAGGAGUGGUCCCAGUGGAGCACGUGCUCAGUUACUUGUGGUCAAGGGUCGCAGGUGCGAACCAGAACUUGCGUAUCACCUUACGGGACACACUGCAGCGGCCCGUUAAGAGAAUCAAGGGUUUGCAAUAACACUGCCCUCUGUCCAGUACAUGGAGUUUGGGAGGAGUGGUCACCAUGGAGUUUAUGUUCAUUUACAUGUGGUCGAGGCCAAAGAACAAGAACAAGGUCAUGCACACCUCCUCAGUAUGGAGGAAGGCCGUGUGAAGGACCUGAAACACAUCAUAAGCCUUGUAAUAUUGCUCUGUGCCCAGUUGAUGGACAGUGGCAAGAGUGGAGUUCGUGGAGUCAGUGCUCAGUGACGUGCUCGAAUGGGACCCAGCAGAGAAGCAGGCAAUGCACUGCAGCGGCUCAUGGGGGCUCUGAAUGCAGAGGGCCGUGGGCGGAAAGCAGGGAGUGCUAUAACCCUGAGUGCACAGCCAAUGGUCAGUGGAAUCAGUGGGGUCAUUGGAGCGGAUGUUCCAAGUCCUGUGAUGGCGGCUGGGAACGGCGAAUGAGGACAUGUCAGGGUGCAGCAAUAACAGGCCAGCAAUGUGAAGGCACAGGCGAAGAAGUUAGAAGAUGCAGUGAGCAGCGAUGUCCUGCACCUUAUGAAAUAUGCCCAGAGGAUUAUCUGAUGUCGAUGGUGUGGAAAAGGACCCCGGCAGGCAACCUGGCAUUCAAUCAGUGCCCGCCGAAUGCCACAGGCACCACUAGCAGACGCUGCUCUCUCAGUCUUCAUGGAGUGGCCUUCUGGGAACAGCCGAGCUUUGCAAGAUGCAUAUCAAAUGAGUACAGACACUUGCAGCAUUCAAUCAAAGAACACCUUGCUAAGGGGCAACGAAUGUUGGCAGGUGAUGGAAUGUCCCAGGUGACCAAGACACUGUUGGAUUUAACUCAGAGGAAAAAUUUCUAUGCAGGUGAUCUUCUGAUGUCUGUGGAAAUUCUCAGAAAUGUGACAGACACGUUUAAAAGGGCAAGUUACAUCCCUGCAUCUGAUGGUGUCCAGAACUUCUUUCAAAUAGUUAGCAACCUUCUAGACGAAGAAAACAAGGAAAAAUGGGAGGAUGCACAACAGAUUUAUCCUGGCUCAAUAGAGUUAAUGCAGGUGAUUGAAGAUUUUAUACACAUUGUUGGAAUGGGGAUGAUGGACUUUCAGAAUUCAUACUUAAUGACUGGAAAUGUAGUGGCUAGCAUUCAGAAGCUUCCUGCAGCCUCUGUUCUAACCGACAUCAACUUCCCGAUGAAAGGACGAAAGGGAAUGGUUGACUGGGCGAGAAACUCAGAAGAUAGGGUAGUUAUCCCAAAAAGCAUUUUUACUCCUGUGUCAUCAAAAGAAUUAGAUGAAUCAUCGGUAUUUGUUCUUGGAGCAGUCCUGUACAAAAACUUAGAUCUAAUUUUGCCCACUUUGAGAAAUUACACUGUCGUUAAUUCCAAAAUCAUCGUGGUCACAAUAAGGCCUGAACCCAAAACAACUGAUUCGUUCCUGGAGAUAGAACUAGCUCAUUUGGCUAAUGUAAGUAUUGUCCAUGUGGCAUUGAGUUGCUUAUAG